AUGGCCACAGCUUCAGCUACAACGACGACACAAUCAACGACUCCAACACAAUCGAUUCUGCUAUCAACACAUACGCUCAGAAGAAAGCUUCCCAAUGAGAGUCUAGACAACAAAAUAAUGAUCAAAAUAUCAUCCGAAGAACAAGACUCUAAAAAUUCCGAGAUUACAAAUGGAUCAAACGUUGUCGAUGCAAAUAGCUGCAAAAGGGACAAACCCGAAGAACCUUCUCAACAACCGCAGCCACCACAACGAAAGAGGCCGGGCCGCAAGCCAAACCCAGCUUCACCCGCAUUACGGAAAGCCCAAAACAGAGCCGCUCAACGUGCGUUCCGUGAACGCAAGGAAAGACAUCUGUGUGAUUUGGAAAAUACUAUCAAGGCGCUCCGUGAAAGUCAAUACGAGUCAUCGAUUGAGUACCAAAAAGAAAUCCAGCGUCAUCGCUCGUUGAUCGAGUCACUUGAAACAGAACUGUUUUACCACAAAAGACUCGCGCUAUCCUUCGAGUUUGCUUUAAAUAGCAUCAACGGGAACGCCGAUGCGUCCACCAAAAUCAAGAAUUCGAUCCAGAUGCAGCUUCCUGGACAAGCUCUUCUUCACGGCUUGACAAUGACACCAAACAGCGCAAUGUACAAUCUCGCACAACCCAAUUCGAACUCUUCCUAUGGCGUGGCACAUCAGCAAAUACAAGCAGAGACCAUCAAUAUGCUACCUUCUCCCUCGAAUAGUUCUGCGCUUCUCUCUCCGAUAAGCACGCCCCCCACUCCACCUGUUUUAGGUGUGGCUGAAUUUGGCACGCCUACUCAUCUUACGCUCGGUGAGGGUCAUGGCGGAGAAUACGAAGUCUCGGAUGCUAAUUCGGUAAUUGCAAUGUCCAAACCGCCUUCCUACCCGGCUGCGAGCCCAGUAGACGGGAACGGAAUGAUAUUCUACAACGAGAUGUUUCAUCCAAAUUAUACAGCAAUGCUUGAGGAUGCUCAGAAUGUCUACAGCAAUCCAACAGCUCAACUUCAGCUUCUUUAA